GGCUGUAAGGAGAAGAAGAUGGGCUGCUGAAGAUAGGAACAUCUGAGAAUAUUGAGAACUGAUAAAGUUGCGUUAGUGGUGUUUAUUUGUUCCUUUGUCGCAUUACUGGGGAUUGUGUUUUGUUUAGCGUUUUCAAAGAUGAUUCUCACGGUGAAACCGCUUCAAGGAAAAGAGUGCAGCGUACAGGUGACUGAAGAUGAAAAAGUGUCCACAGUCAAGGAACUCGUGUCCGAACGUCUCAACAUACCAGCGAACCAGCAGCGGUUACUCUACAAAGGGAAAGCGCUUGCAGAUGAACACAGACUGAGUGAUUACUCCAUUGGGCCGGAGGCUAAAUUGAAUCUGGUAAUCCGUCCCGUGGGGGAGAGGACAGGCUUGUCGGGAACAGCAGCCGCCAGCAGCAGUAGCAGCAGCAGCAGCGGCGGCGGCACCGCACACGGAGGAGUGUGGCAGAGCGUGUCCACCAUCCUCGCUCGACAUUUCACUCCUGCUGAUGCAGCUAAAGUGCACGAACAGCUUAUCAAGGAUUAUGAGCGUUCACUCCGACAACUUAGCCUGGACGACAUUGAGCGCCUGGCGGGGAGGCUGCUCCACCCGGACGGCGAGAGCAUGGACGCUUCUUACAUGGACUGAGAGCGCAGGCCUUUCAGCUGCUUGUUCUGGUUGGGCUUCGAGAGGCGUUCAGUGCUUGGACAUGCGUACAGUGUUGAGAGUGUGAGGCCGUGUCAGUUCCUGUGCACAGAGCUCACGGUGUGUGCGCCCGAGUGAGCAUGGAUAACAGCGACUGAUUGUCUCUUACACCGGGGCUUUCUUAUCCACGUGCAGAGGACUUGGAUAAGAAAACACGGCUACUUUGAAUCGGCCCUUGUCGUUGAUGGUGCGGUAGCGGCUCCUCUCCUGUUCCUGUAAUAUCUGAACACAAAGGAUUCCAUUCGUGCUGUUUUUCACAUGAUCUCUGGCUGCUACCGACCCUGAGGGGCUCCAACUUCGACUGGAGGGUAUUUAUUUGUAAUAUCUGUGUUGAAUGCUAGGGUGGUUUGUUUUUUUUCUCUUUUCUUUCUUUUAACCAUCUGGGAACCGGUAAUCCAUGUUUUAACCAAUAACUUACUGAUGAUUAUUGUUAAUUUGUAAAUAUGUUUCUAUUUACAAACAUUAAAAUAUAAAAAUAACAACUCC